GCCAGUCAGACCAGUUGUAGGUAAUGAGUGACUAGGACGCCCCAUGGCCACAGAGAACGACUGACUGAUCUGCCGAGAACGCGCUCGUCUCAGGCAGCUGAUCGUUGGAGUUUUCCCUGAAAGCUGUCAGGAUGAAAGUCGACAUCCACAGUCACAUUCUACCAAAGGACUGGCCGGAUCUGAAGCAGAGAUAUGGCUAUGAUGGGUUUGUUCAGCUUCAUCAUCACUGCCAGGGUGAAGCAACGAUGAUGAAAGACGGACAGGUUUUCAGGGUGAUUCAGGAAAACUGCUGGGACGCAAAUGCUCGCAUACGUGAGAUGGACCAACACGGUGUGACAGUUCAAGCCCUGUCUACGGUUCCUGUCAUGUUCAAUUACUGGGCCAAACCCCAUGACACACUGGAUCUCUGUGUCCUUUUAAAUGACAGUUUGGCCGACGUGGUGCGUGGCCACCCGAAAAGGUUUGUCGGUCUGGGAACGUUGCCCAUGCAAGCGCCUGACUUGGCUGUGCUGGAGAUGAGGCGCUGCGUGAAGGAGCUGGGCUUCCCCGGGGUGCAGAUAGGCUCACAUAUUAAUAACUGGGACCUGGACGCCUCAGAACUCUUUCCUUUUUAUGCUGAAGCGGAGGAGUUGGGCUGCUCCAUAUUUGUUCAUCCAUGGGAUAUGCAGACAGAUGGGAGGAUGGCUAAAUAUUGGCUGCCCUGGCUAAUAGGCAUGCCCAGCGAGACCACCAUGGCUAUUUGCUCAAUGAUAUUUGGAGGUGUUUUUGAGAAAUUUCCCAAACUGAAAGUCUGCUUUGCACAUGGAGGCGGUUCCUUCCCUUUCACCCUGGGUAGAAUUAAACAUGGCCAUGAUGUUCGACCAGACCUGUGUGCAGUUAACAACAAGAUCAGUCCAGAUAAAUACCUGGGCUCGUUUUACACUGACUCACUGGUUCACAGUCCCACCUCCUUAAAGCUGCUCAUUGAUGUUAUUGGGAAGGAUAAAGUUAUGCUGGGAACAGAUUAUCCAUUUCCACUUGGAGAGCUGCAGCCUGGAUCACUGAUUGAGUCCAUGGAGGAGUUUGAUCCACUCUUGAAGGAUGACUUGCUCGCUGGAAACGCACUGGAAUUCUUAGGUCUGAAACGAGAACAGUUUGAGUGAAAUGAAAGUUUACUCAGUGAGUUGGUGAAAAAGCCCUUAUUUAGUAAAAAUAGAUAUUUAAAUAGAUAAUGCAAUCUUAAUGCUGGAUAUUUUUUAUUUCAGAAGAUUUGUUAUCUUUGAGAUAACUAAAAAUCUAACAUCUAAAAAAA